CGCUAUUCUUUGAAAAAGAAAGACACAUGAUGAGUCAUGUAGACGGAGAUUACUUGGCUACAUCCAAACUGUCACAGGUGUUUUUGUAAUCUCCUCGCCGCUUCACUUUGUGACUUUGACUUUCAUAUACGAAUAUAUGAAUGAUAUUAUAAACAAAAAUAAUACUCGUAAAACCUACCCGGCCACUUCACUUUGAUAUACUCAACUUGUUUGUUGGAAAGAAGCAGAAGAGAAGAGAAUAGGAUGGAUUCGAAAAUAUCGGUGACAGAAACAUGGAUGAGGAAACACCGGCUACAGUACGUGGGUGCCACCAGACAUCCUUUUAUUCUCAGCAUCCGUGAUGGUUCCCUUGAUUUUUCCUCUUUUAAAACCUGGCUGGGACAAGACUACAUAUUCGUGAGAGCGUUUAUCCCAUUUGUGGCAAGUAUAUUGAUGAAAUCAUGGAAGGAGUCGGGUAAUGAAGUCGAUAUGGAAGUGAUCUUGGGUGGUGUGGCUUCUUUAAAUGAUGAGAUCAAUUGGUUCAAGCAAGAAGCUCCCAAGUUUCAUGUUUCCCUUACCAGUGUCAUCCCUCAAACCGCAAACCUUAAAUAUUGCAGGUUUCUAGAGAGCUUAAUGAGUCCGGACAUCGCAUACCCUGUGGCGAUUACAGCGUUUUGGGCCAUGGAGGUUGUGUAUCAAGAAAGCUUUGCUCAUUGUCUUGAAGAUGGAAGUAAAAUCCCACAAGAGCUUCAAGGGACUUGUGAACGAUGGGGGAACGAAGGUUUUGGAGCAUAUUGUAAAUUGCUGCGAGAUAUGGCUGAUCGUUGCUUGCAAAAAGCGUCGCCAGAGGUUGUCUCAAAAGCAGAGGUGGUUUUUCUGAGUGUUCUUGAACAUGAAGUUGAGUUUUGGAACAUGAGUGUCAGAGAUGCAUGAGUUAGUAUGUGUAAAACGAGUUUGGACAAGUGUGUGGAUAUUGUUAAUAUUUUUCUGAAUAAUAUGUACUGUAUAUAAGUUUUACCAA